GACGCGGUACGUAUAUGAACGCAUGCGGCGCGGGUCUCGGGCCUCUUAAUUUCCCGCCGCCGUCAGUGUGCGUCGAUGCGCAUGUGCAGAAGCUCCCGCCGGACACAGCGCACACACACGGUUCGAGCAAACUGACCCAUCAUGGCCGACCUGGACAAUAAGGAGCAGACUGAGCUGGAUCAGGCUGACAUGGAGGACGUAGAGGAAGUGGAAGAGGAGGAGACUGGAGAGGACAGCAAAGCUCGACAGCUGACGGUACAGAUGAUGCAGAACCCCCAGAUUCUGGCCGCUCUACAGGAGAGGCUAGACGGACUCGUGGGUUCUCCGUCAGGAUACAUGGAAAGUCUGCCGCGGGUGGUGAAGCGGAGAGUGAAUGCUUUGAAGAACCUGCAGGUGAAAUGUGCUCAUAUUGAGGCCAAGUUCUAUGAGGAAGUUCAUGAGCUGGAGAGGAAGUACGCUGCACUUUACCAGCCUCUCUAUGACAAGCGCAGUGACAUCAUCAAGGCAGCGUAUGAACCCACAGAGGAGGAGUGUGAAUGGAAACAGCCUGAGGAGGAGGAUACACUCUCGAGUGAACUGAAGGAAAAGGCGAAGGUAGAAGAGGAGAAGAAGGAUGAAGAGAAGGAAGACCCUAAAGGAAUUCCUGAGUUCUGGCUGACUGUGUUUAAGAACGUGGAUCUGCUCAGUGAGAUGUUACAGGAGCAUGAUGAGCCCAUCCUCAAACACUUACAGGACAUCAAGGUCAAGUUCUCCGAUGCCGGCCAGCCCAUGAGUUUCACGUUAGAGUUCCACUUUGAGCAGAACGACUUCUUCUCAAACACGGUUCUCACCAAGACCUACAAGAUGAGAUCAGAACCAGACGAGUCGGACCCUUUCUCCUUUGAUGGGCCUGAGAUCAUGGGCUGCACUGGGUGCACGAUUGAUUGGACCAAGGGGAAAAAUGUUACACUGAAGACCAUAAAGAAGAAGCAGAAGCAUAAGGGCAGAGGGACAGUGAGGACGGUCACUAAGACUGUCCCUAAUGACUCCUUCUUCAACUUCUUCUCCCCUCCAGAAGUACCAGAGACUGGUGAACUGGAUGAAGACUCUGAGGCCAUCUUGGCGGCGGACUUUGAGAUCGGUCACUUUAUCCGUGAGCACAUUGUACCCCGUGCCGUGCUUUACUUCACUGGAGAGGCCAUCGAGGAUGACGAUGAUGAUUACGAUGAGGAAGGAGAAGAGGCUGAUGAUGAAGAGGGAGAGGAGGAGGCAGAUGAGGAGAACGAUCCAGAUUAUGACCCCAAGGUUUAAAUGGUGUGUUUGUAUAGCAUAACACAAGCCCCGAAGGACGCGAACCCCCCGGCAGAGUGUAAACAGCAGUGAUGAGCACACACACACACACACACACACACACACACACACUCUGUGAUGGUGUAAAUCCCCUCCUCUGGUCCUGCAGCCUUAUGUUUUGUAUUUCUUUAUUGGUAGAUUAAUCAUGAUUACACACACACACACACACUCACACUCUCUCGUGUACAGCAGCUGUGGCUCACUUGCCUGCACCCCCCCCCCCCCACCCGGACACACACACCCCUCUACAUGCUGGAACAUUCCAGAAACGUGACUCAACACCAGCUAGGGCUGUCUGCUCUACGAUUGGCUGAUUCCUGACCUGUCUCAGGAAGUCAUUGGCUGGAAGUCGGUCAGGAUUUAGUUUAGGGUUCUCGUCCCAGCUCAUUUGAUUGGCUGAAACUGACUCCGCCCACCUGGGACAUUUUCAGCCUGGUAUUGGCCCCUGUGUUGGCACCAUGUGACCCGGGCGUUCUGUAAUUCCGGUGCAGAUGACCGCCCCAUGCAUGUCUUUAUUUUUAUAUUGAUUUCUUUUUUUCUUUUAAAUAAAAUAUCGCAGCACUUUGGGGUAGUUGGUUGUUCUAAUUUUUUUUUUUUCUGAUCUGUGAUUGGCCGAGUUGUGACUCUUAGUCUAAACCUGUGACUCUCUUGCUUUCCGCUUAGUUAAAUCCUGACUUCCUGCCUCUUCCUGAUAGGACAGGUGUAGGGUAAGCUCUGCCCACAUGGUUGCCUUAUUGUCUGUAGUAGCAGUUCUUCCAGUGAGUGAUGUGAUGGACUCUGCUGCCCGUUACUCAACAGGGUUUGUGGGUGUGGUUUUUUUUUUUUUUUUUAUUAUUAUUUUUAUUUGUGGUAGCACUUUAAUGGUCAGGUUAGAAAGCGUAGCUCUGCUUCGAGUCCUCACUCGCUGUUAGUUUACGGAAUUAGCUGGUCAUAGUUCUGACCGAUUAGCUGGACGGUGACCUCUGUUCCUUCAGUCUAGUGUGGAAUUGGCUUUGCCCACACGCUGGCCCAAACCUUUCACUGACCUCAUGCUGCGGGUUCAAAGGUGAACGGUUCGAGACUGCACCCCAUCCACUCGGUCCUGAAGUAGCGCAGCACUUAAUAGCUCCGUUUUUUUAUUGUAGCACUUCAGCAGCGGAGUUCAUGUCUGUGUCCCGUGUAGAUACAGACGGAGCUCCACUCUCCACCCUGAACUUGCCCCACCCACAAACAGCCUGAUUCCACCCACACCACACCACCUUGGACCAAUAAGAACAGUUUAGCAUGCUGACUCUGGUGUGUGUGAGACAGAGUGAGAUGCAGCUGUUGAGUCAUCCAUGUUACAGAUGUUCUAAUGUACCCAGAUGUGUACUCCUCCAAUAAACCGGUUCUCCCUGCACCAGA